AUGUCGUUCUUUGGGUUCCGGAGCUCGUCAAGCAAAGCAUCGGCUGUCCAGGAGACGCACCUGAGCGAACUCGAGCGCCUGAGAGGCCGUCAGCUGGCAAGUCUCGUGCGUGCUGGAGGUCGAGCCAAGAACCAGCAGCAAACGACGUUUGAGGUGCCCGUGACCAACACGCCGCGCGGUCCCUUGACACUCGAAGUACAACUGCCGUCGGAGUUCCCAGUGAGAGUUCCGCAGCUAAAGACGUCCAUCCCCGUGCAACAUCGGUGGAUCGAUACUGCGGGCAAUGUCCACGCCCACCCGGAUCUCAGCAGAUGGACAGCGCACUCGGAUCUUGGACGGAUCGUGACGGAGAUUGUCACGGAACUGCGAUCUGGAGCCAACCAGACGGCAGCAAGCAAGCCGCUGGCGUCGUUAGCCGGGAGUAGCUCGUCGGUAUCGACAGCGUCGACUGCGUCGUUGUCGCAGUACAGAUCGUCAAGUAGCCGGCAGUCUCCACCAGUUCCAAUCCACCAACGACCACUACAACAAGCACCAGAUACAAGCAAGAUACAACGCACGCAGAUGCCGAUAGUUCCUGCAGUCAUCCCGGAACUGGAGGGACUUUCCGUUGCCCAGCUCGAGGAAUUGAACUCGGACACCCACGCGCUCAAGAAGUUUGUCAAGAGUUUACCCUUAGUAACGGAGUUUACCGAGUUGAGAGACCAAGUCUUGCACUGCAACAUGGGCAUCGCAAGGACGACGCUCGGCUAUGAGCGCGAGCUGCGUGAUCUACAAGCCGUGGUAGCGGCUCAACGAACCGAGUUGCGUGCGGCUCAACAAGCGCUCGCUGAGAUACAGGCACGACAGCAGCGUAUCAUUGCGCGUCACCGACCCGAUGCACUACUGGAACAGCUCGCUGCAGCAACAAAGCAUGCGGACAAUACAACCGACGAGCUUGCCACGCAGUUUGUUCAGGGCGACGUGGACUUCGCACGCUUUCUCGCCACCUACAUGCCGCAGCGCAGCGUGUACCACGAGCGCACGCUCAAGCUCGCACAAGUGACGAACCAGCAGUAG